AUGUCAGUGUACCGCGUUAGUUUCCUAUCCUCACCUUCCCUCCCUCACCAAAACCCACUGUCCUUAUAUUGCUGCAAGAACUUUCCUCUUCUCUGCAAAAACAAGUUUCUCCGCUCAAAAACUCUCUCCAACCGGAAUAGCACAAUGAAGAGGCCUAGCAGUAGCAUUCGAAUCCCUGAUUUACGACCGCACCUCGUGCUAAUCGCUUUCUGUCUGUUCACCUGUUCGUCAGGUUCAAAGAUCGGAGAAACUUGCGGGUCGGACAACAAAUGCGAGGCUGGACUCAGUUGCCAGACAUGCCCUGCGAAUGGGAACACUCGACCUAGAUGCUCACGAAUACAACCAUUGAGCCCCAUUUCUAAGGUGAAUGGAUUACCGUUUAACCGGUAUUCAUGGCUCACAACUCAUAAUUCUUAUGCUCUUGCCGGAGCAAGAUCGGCCACCGGGUCCAUCAUUUUGGCCCCGAUGAACCAAGAUGACACUGUUGCUGAACAACUCAAAAACGGCGUUAGAGGAUUCAUGUUAGAUAUGUAUGAUUUCCAAAACGACGUAUGGUUGUGUCACUCCGCCCAAGGCGUAUGUUACAACUUCACUGCAUUUCAACCUGCCAUAAACGUGCUUAAAGACAUGCGGUCAUUUCUAGAUGCAAAUCCAUCUGAAAUUAUCACCAUCUUCAUUGAGGACUACGUGACAUCUCCUCAGGGCCUAACAAGGGUGUUCAAUGCUUCGGGACUGAGCCGGUACAUGUUCCCGGUGUCUCGCAUGCCCAAGAAUGGUGGAGAUUGGCCAACCGUGGAUGACAUGGCUCAGAAGAAUCAGCGCCUAGUGGUCUUCACCUCCAAAUCAUCCAAGGAAGCUUCCGAGGGCAUUGCUUAUCAGUGGACAUACGUUGUAGAAAACCAGUAUGGAGAUGAUGGAAUGAAAGCUGGUUCUUGUCCAAGCCGUGCAGAAUCACCUGCAAUGAACACAAAGACUAGAUCGCUAGUCUUGGUCAACUAUUUUCAUAGUACUCCUAAUCGAUCUCAAGCCUGUGCUGACAAUUCGGGUCCACUUCUUGACAUGAUGAAGACUUGUUAUGAAGCAGCCGACAAACGUUGGCCCAAUUUCAUUGCUGUUGAUUAUUACCAGAGGAGUGACGGCGGAGGAGCACCAGAAGCAGUUGAUGAAGCUAACGGCCAUCUCACUUGUGGCUGUGGCAACAUUGCCUAUUGCAAGGCAAAUGCUACGUUUGGCACUUGUGAUGUCCCUCCCAUUUCUCCACCUCCACCUGCAACAGAAACACCCUCCAACGACCAACAGUCCCAAAAUAAUAAUCAUGCAAACAGUGUUUAUAUUGAUAGAACAACCAAAUUGAUGCAAAUGGUUGUGGCGAUUUGGGCUACGACAAACUUAUUGGCAUAG